AAACAUGUGAUAAAUGUAGAAAAGUUACGUGAUUGGACGACUAACUGUCAAGUCGCUCGGUUCGGUAUGAGCUGAACCGUGGAUAAGUUACAAAGGGCAGCCAACUAUCCAAAAUCAGAAAAGCGGGAAACCGCGCGUACUGAGUAAACUUGCUAUUCUCGCUAAAUAGUGUAAAAGAUUUUAAAUUGAUUAAGUUUUAUGGCUAUAUAUAUUAAAGUAGUUAAUAAAAUAUUGUGAAUUAGUGGUAGUGAACGUAUUUAGUAUUUACAAAGUUUGCGAGGAAUGAAAAAUUUUUGAUUAUUUCAAAGGACACUUCGAAAUUGUUUACCAAGUUUUUUUUUAUUAUACCUAUUCAUAAAAGUUUACAAAGUCAAGAUCCAAAUGGAAUCGAAUUAUGAUGAAGAUCAGAGAUCAAAAGAUUUGGAAAAGGAAUAUCUUGACUUUUUGGAUGACCAGGAAGAUCAAGGUAUUUAUUACCAAGCUGUGAAAAACAUGAUAGAUGACAAAAAGUAUAGAUUAACUGUUAAUGUUAAUGAUUUGAGAAGAAAAAAUCCAGUUAGAGCAGCUAGUUUGUUGAAUAGAUCAUUCGAAGAGCUUGUUCCGUUUCAAAGGGCAUUGAAACAAUUUGUAGCUACUAUAGAUACAGAAUACAGCAAAGGCAAUAAACAGUUCUAUAUUGGCUUUGAGGGAAGUUUUGGUAAUAAACACACUAAUCCAAGAACGCUUACAUCAAGAUUUUUGGGUAACAUGGUUUGUGUUGAAGGAAUCGUUGUAAGAUGUUCUUUGGUUCGGCCAAAAAUAGUGACAAGUGUACAUUAUUGUUCUGCCACUAAGAGUAUUAUUGAAAGAGCUUAUACAGAUUUAACAUCUUUUGAAGCAUUUCCUUCAUCAGUAGUUUAUCCUACAAAGGAUGAAGAUGGAAAUACUUUGGAAACUGAAUAUGGGUGUUCCGUUUAUAAAGAUCAUCAAACUCUAACUAUACAAGAAAUGCCUGAAAAAGCUCCAGCUGGCCAACUACCGCGAAGUGUGGACAUAAUUUGUGAUGAUGACUUAGUAGAUCAGUGCAAACCAGGUGACAGGAUACAAGUUAUAGGAAGUUACCGUUGUCUUCCUGGUAAAAGAGAUGGAUAUACAACUGGGGCUUUUAAGACUAUUUUAAUUGCUAAUAGUAUAAAUCAGUUGACAAAAGAUUCUGAAAUUAACAUUUCUCAUGAGGAUGUCAAUGCAUGUAAAAAACUUGCAAGACGUAAUCCUCUAAACAACAUUUUUGAAAUGUUGAGUAGAUCUCUUGCUCCGUCAAUCCAUGGACAUGAGUACGUGAAGAAAGCUAUUUUAUGUCUUUUACUUGGUGGUAAUGAGAAAAUCCUUUCAAAUGGAACUAGACUAAGAGGAGAUAUCAAUAUUCUACUGAUUGGAGAUCCAUCAGUGGCUAAAUCACAGCUUUUGCGUUAUGUUUUGAACAUUGCACCACGUGCUAUUACAACUACUGGUCGAGGAUCUUCAGGCGUCGGCUUAACAGCUGCCGUGACAGUGGAUCAAGAAACUGGUGAGCGCAGAUUGGAAGCUGGUGCUAUGGUUUUGGCUGAUCGAGGAGUUAUAUGCAUCGAUGAGUUCGAUAAAAUGUCAGACAUUGACAGAACAGCUAUUCACGAAGUCAUGGAACAGGGUAGAGUCACUAUUUCCAAAGCAGGAAUUCACGCGAGUUUAAAUGCUCGUUGCUCUGUCCUAGCUGCUGCCAAUCCAGUUUAUGGAAGAUACAACCAAUACAAAUCUCCAAUGGAAAAUAUCGGUCUGCAGGACUCUCUUUUGUCACGUUUCGAUUUGUUAUUCGUAAUGCUGGACACCAUUGAUGCAGAUAUUGAUCAUAUUAUAAGUGAUCAUGUUGUUCGCAUGCAUAGAUGGAGGAAUCCCGGCGAGCAAGAGGGCACUGCAUUACCCUUCAAUAUCGGAUUGGAUUAUUUAAGUACGUCAAAUCCAGAUUCAGAAGACGUAGAGAAAGAAGAAACCAAAAUCUACCAAGAUUAUGAUCCUCUUCUUCACGGAAAAUCUCGCAAGAAAGUUGAUCAACUUUUUACUGCCCAGUUCAUGAGGAAAUACAUUCAUAUCGCUCGUAUCACGAAACCAAAACUUUCUGAAGAAGCUUGCAAAACGAUUUCAGAGGAAUAUUCUCGACUCAGAUCAGAAGAUAGUUUGGAGCAAGAUUUUGCAAGGACUCAACCAGUCACUGCUCGUACAUUGGAAACCUUGAUUCGAUUAGCAACAGCUCAUGCAAAAGGUCGUCUUGCGAAAAACGUGGAGGAAGAAGAUGCACAAGCUGCCAUCGAAUUGGUACAGUAUGCGUACUUCAAGCGAGUUCUGGAAAAAGAAAAGAAGAAACGCCGGAGACGAGACAGUGAUGUUACCUCUGAUGAGGAAGUUGAAAUCGAAGCUGAGGAGAGACCAAAACGCAAAGUGAAGAAAACUAAUCCCCCACCCGGCGAGCCUGGCCAUGAUCCUUAUGCUUGGGACGAGGAGGAAGAUGAUUCUCAUGUUGAUGAAGCUAUCAGACGACACACGCGAUCCCAGCCAGAUUCUGAACCAACUCCAUCAACUUCGGCUGAGACUGUGUUAUUAGAUAUUGCACCUAAAAGGCUGCAAGCAUUCACCAAAUCACUAAGAGAAUUAUUCCAGAGUCUACGAAUGGAUACAGUAACGAAAAGCAAAGUUGUUGAGUACGUUAAUUCCAAAAAUUCACCUCCCUUCGCUGUCGGUGAGAUAGAAUCAGCUCUUCACAAAAUGAUGGAAGAAAACAAGCUUAUGAUCGCCGACGAUAAUAUCAUCUUAAUUUAAUGGCUAUUUAUAUACUACUUUGAAUUUUUAAAGUUGCCAUAGUACCGGAAUUACAUCUAGUAUUAUUGAUUGAAGUCCAUGACUGUCCAUUGACUGAUUUCGUCCUUCGCUCGAAAGCAUGAGCUAAAUCUACGAUAGGCUCUUUCGUAAUGGUAAGAUGACGGUAGUAAUAUAUUUAUAUAUGUCACGAUGAUCAAAUUUUUAAAGAUGGACAAAUAUGUCGAUUAUGGUAGAUGUAUUGAUCUUUAUGGUGAGACAUUUAUGUGAAUUUCAGCAAAUGAGCUUUUAAUUGUUUAAUGAUACACGGUGCUAAGUACGGUGUUUUUGUA